AUGAAUCGCCGUUACAAAGCCCUCGGUGCAACCUACCAGCUGGCACGAAUCUUCGAAAUAUGCUCGCUUGUUGCCGUUAUCGGUAUUGUUGCCAAGUUCAUCUCUGUGAUGGUUUCCAAUGAUGCAAACCCGCCAGGUAUUUUGAUCGGGACAAUCUGUGUGACUGCGUUCGCUACUCUCUAUUGUAUACUUACGUCCAUUCUAUACGUCGAUGACAAACUCCCUUUUCUCUCUUUUGCCGUGGUGGACUUCCUUGUGCUUGUCGGUAUGAUUGUCGUCGCCGUUGGAAUGGGCAAGCCUCUCUCAUACCUGGACUGCUAUAAAUUAUCCAACAUUAGCGAUAAUGCUGCAGUUGAUUAUGUCUUUUCUUCAUCGAGCUACUUGAAAAGCAUUAGUACGACUAUCAAUUACGCAUCAUGGAUCGGUGCUUCUAAGGCAAUUUGCUUAGAAACAAAGGCUAUUUGGGGAUUGAGCAUUGCCUUAUGCAUUUUGUUCUUCUUUUCGACUAUUUGCAGUCUUUUCUUGUGGCGCCAGAAGAAAUCUAUGAUCGCCAUGGAGAAGGAAUAA